CUCCUCCUUCGCUCACACAGUUGAGCUUCUCCGUCGUUUCAGGACGCAAAGGGGGGAAAAAUCGAGUUCAUUUCUCUACAAUCGAGGAUUAGGGUUUCGGAUUCUCCGUCCCGUCAAGGCUUCGAAGAGGAAUUGAUUGCAUUAAGAGAAGAGUAAAGAUGAGCUUGACACAGGCUAAUUGUUUUCGACCAUCCUACAGUCCUGCAAGGAUAACAAGACCAAAUUGCAUCUCCAGUGUACCUAUUAGAUCGUCAGCAGGCGUUGAUCACUGCCCGCGUACCACAUUUACCCUCCGUGCUACUGCUUCAGUUUCUACUCAGUUUUCGCCUCUUCUUAACCAUCGCCGUCGUUCACCUACUGGGAAAUCGAAGACAAGUCCUGCUGUGUGCUUAUUUGGUGGCAAGGAUAAACCCGAUGGUAGUGACGAGAUAUCACCAUGGAAAGCAAUAGAGAAAGCUAUGGGGAAGAAAUCGGUUGAAGACAUGUUGCGGGAGCAGAUACAGAAGAAAGAUUUUUAUGAUACAGACAGUGGCGGCAACAUUCCUCCACGUGGAGGAGGCAGUGGUGGCGGUGGUGGGAAUGGUGAGGAGCGUCCCGAAGGAUCAGGAGGAGAAGACGGUGGUCUUGCUGGGAUUGCAGAUGAAACCCUGCAAGUGGUUUUAGGGACCCUAGGCUUCAUCUUUUUGUACACCUACAUUAUCACUGGAGAGGAAUUGGUCAAGCUUGCAAGAGACUACAUUAGGUUUCUUACAGGAAAAUCUAAGACUGUUCGAUUGACUCGAGCCAUGGAUGGUUGGAAUGAAUUCUUUGAGAAGAUGUCAAGGCAAAGAGUGUAUGAUGAGUAUUGGCUAGAAAAGGCGAUCAUCAACACGCCAACCUGGUAUGACAGCCCCGAGAAGUACAGACGUAUUCUCAGCGCUUAUGUGGACUCAAAUUCUAAUGAAGAUUAUGUUGACGCAAAUUCUGAUGAUUAGUUAGUGGCAAUUCCGUCUUUGGUACACAACGGUGUGGAGUAUCUUACUAGCUUAGGAACAGGAAGAGUUUCAUAAUAACAAUUAAGAGUUUUCUUAGUUUUUCAGCUUCUGUUCGAAAUUAAGAAUCAGUUUCUGCAAUUUGAUCCAUGUUCGUGCAUUUGUAUGGAAUUGGUAUUAUACAUGAUCAUCA